AUGGUCUUAGAAUUGUUUUUCACAUAUUCGAUCGAACAUUUGUUCGAACUUACGCAAACCGUGAGGAAUCUGGUGAGUGAGAAAUCCCGACUGCAGAAUGCUCUGGACGAGAAGCAGUCAGAAACCAAUGCACUCGAGGGUAAAUUUCAAAGAACAAAGGAACUACUCGAGGAGGUGAAAUUAGAAAGGAGCAAGGAUACCAUGAGGAAGGCUCAUCAAGCUUGUCAAACCGAUGAGUUCGAGAUAACUACGACUAAUUUGGAGGAAUUCGAUAAAGAAUCGAUCUCGUAUCAGAUACAAAAUGUACGGAUCAAGGGUAAAAACGAUCUGGACGAGCCUUCUACCGAGGGGACGUUAUUGAGAGAAUUAUUCUUUAGGAAACCGAGCCUCGAGGAAAGCGAAAGCUUGGAUAUUAUUCCAGUUCUGUCAGAGACAGACUUGCAAACUAAACAUAGUACCAACACUAUGCUUUUUUCUUGAUAUGUUAUUUGAACGUGCACUUUUUGUUUAAAAAUUUUAAUAAAAGUUUCAAUUGUCAUAAAAAAUUUAUUUCCCAAGUAAAAAUAUAAAUUAUAAAUAAAGUGCGUGUAUAUUUUUUUUCUACAUUUAAAUUUUUUAAGACAGACGAGAUAUAUAAUAGAUCUAAUGUUUAAUUGUCUUUUCUUGUUCUCGGAAAGAAUCCACAGUUUCCUUAUCAUUUGUCAUCCUCAAUUACCAGUGUAGAAUACCAUUGGUGGUUAAAAUUGUUGAUUAAAUUUUGAUGUGCAAUCA